AUUAAUAUUAUUAAUAUUAGUAUAUUACCUAUAUGACUUGUAAGUUCAUUUAAAAAAUAAAGUAAUGACAGGAGACUUAUUGAUUUUUUUCUAAGUUUUCUAAUUUAAAAAAUGUCGAUAAAUAUUUUAUCAAUAUGCAGCUUUCUGUAUGGGUUUUUAAAAAUAUUUUUAUUCCUUACUUCGUGUGUACAAAAUUGUUGAUUCUAUUUGCUAUUUUUAGGUACAAUAUAUUAUAUUAUUAUAAACACUAUGUUAUUAUGAUGUAGGUACGAACCUGCGUGUGUUAUAUUAGUAACGAGAAAAACGCACUCGGUCGUCAUAGCCACGCAAAAAGCCCGUUGUAGACUUUUGUGUUAUAGAAAAGAAAAACUAACUGAUUGUCGACAUACCUAUAACCUACACGUAUGUCGAUAGUUUUUACAGCCGUCUGUAUCAAUUUACUCUCGACCUUUACAUAAUACAUCAUAUUAUACACAUAGGUAUACCGUUGAAGACUGAACAACUCUCGAAAGACACGACACUUGCAAUAUAAUAUAUAACUAUAUAAGUACGUUCAGAGUUAACAAACAUAUAUCUACACAUCGUGUAGGUAGGUACAAGAAUUCGACAAGAAUCCCCUCACUCUUGCGACUGAUGCGUCGAUGAGUUCGACCACAGACGUCGUGGCCGAGGGAGGCGCGUUGGACGGAAAAUGGGUGUCGUUGACGUGUGACAGCGACCGGUUCGACAUCGACGGUGGUCGCGUCCGUUGCCUGUACACGGUGGCCGGUUACAUGGCCGUAGUGGACGGGACGGCGGUGAUAGUCGUGCCAGCCGCGUUCCGUUACGCGUCACAGAUGGUCGCUCACGCCGUCUUGCCCGACGGCGGCAACCGCGGACACGUCGAGGUGACCGUCCGCCGACGUGCGGUCCGGUGCGCUCGACCGUACAAGUUCGCGUACGUCGAUGGCUGGCGCUACGAACUGAUGGGCGUCAGCGACGCGUUCACGUUCGUCCACUGCAACGGUGGACCGUGCGACUGCGACGCUGAUUUCCUAAUGGAACAGCCGGCGGCCGUCCUUCAUGCCGAUGAUCGCCGUACAACGGACAACACGAUGAGCGCGUUCGUUUCGGCAUUGAUGGACACGCGGAGCAGCGCCUGCUCACACUGUUCGGUCUGCAACGUGCCGUCCAAUCAUCGACAAGUGUUGGAGUACUUGACCACAAACAUUGAUCGGUUGUCCGACGUUCAUACGAUCAUCGACAGGGAACACAUCAAGCAGAUCGAAUGUUUGAAUGACUGUACUUCAUUAUUGGAUUACCAGUAUAUUAAAACAAAAAUGUUGAAUCGAGAAAUGGAAAACUGUAACCGAUUUUUAGACGAUCUAGUAUCAAAUCUGUUAAAAAACCGCAAAGCCAUUUUCAAGACAGGUAACCAUACGAUUUACGUAAAGAUGAUGAACGAAAAUCCCGAAAAAGAACCUUCUGCAGGUGAAUAUUUCAUGGACUCCAUUAUUGAUUCACAAAAACAAACGAUUGUGAAAUUGACGUCAAUUUACAAAGAAAUAAUCAUUAUGAUGAAUACGAUGCAAUUGUUUGCAAAAGUAUUGUAA